CAACCACCCUCCAUUUUAUUCACAUCCUUCCUUCUAUAAGAAAUCUCUCCUCUUAACUGUCACAACCCACAACAUUCAAAGAAACAGGCAACACCAAAAAUGCACAAGCUCUCUUGGUAUGUUCUCUUGCUAUCACUCCUUUAUUUUCCUCCGGCUCUUUCAUGGAGUCAAGACACUCGAUUUAACCAAGCUGAGAACUAUGAAGGUUCCUCAGACCUAGUUAACCUUGAGUACCACAUGGGUCCUGUCCUUGCAUCCCCUACCAAUCUGUACAUAAUCUGGUAUGGUCACUGGAAUCCAACCCACCAAGCCACUAUAAGGGAUUUCCUCUAUUCCUUGUCUUCUUCAGCUCCUUACCCUUCUGUUGCUGAUUGGUGGAAAACUGUCAGGCUCUACACCGACCAAACAGGGUCAAACAUCACCGGUAGCAUUUCCCUUUCGGGAGAAUUCUACGACUACAGAUAUUCCCAUGGUGGUUAUCUAAGUCGUUUAUCAAUGCAGUCCAUCAUCAAAACUGCAGUCACUUCCUAUCCAAGGCCACUGCCCCUCAAUCCUCGCAAUGGCCUCUAUUUAGUGCUGACUUCUUCUGAUGUCCAGGUUCAGGAUUUCUGCAGGGCAGUCUGCGGCUUUCACUACUUCACCUUCCCAACCAUUGUUGGCGUAACAAUGCCCUAUGCUUGGAUUGGUUAUAGUGGAACUCAGUGUCCAGGCAUGUGUGCCUAUCCAUUUGCCUGGCCUAAUUACUCAGGGAAGCCGCCACCAAGCACAGAUGGAGGUAACAACAUAAUGCGCUCGCCGAAUGGGGAUGCGGGAGUAGAUGGAAUGAUCAGUAUUAUAGCUCAUGAGCUCGCAGAAGUGUCAAGUAACCCGCUGGUUAACGCAUGGUAUGCCGGAGAUGAUCCAACUGCACCUACAGAAAUUGCAGACCUGUGCCUAGGUUUGUAUGGUUCUGGUGGAGGAGGUGGGUAUGUGGGUAAAGUUUACAAGGAUUCUUGGGGGAACGGGUACAAUUUGAAUGGAGUUAAGGGAAGAAGAUUUUUGGUGCAAUGGGUGUGGAAUCCUGUGAAAAGAAGAUGCUUUGGACCUAAUGCCAUGGACUAGAUGUGCAAUAUGUACAGAAUUAUAGACUGUUUCCUACUAUUUAGUUAUCAGUGAGGCAGGAAAAAAGGCCAUGGGAAUCAUAGAGGGGUUGAUUGGCACGGCAAUAGAAAGAGUGAGCUGCCUUGUUGAUAAAUAUUCUACUUUCAAGAAAGAGUGACGGAGGUGAUGAUCCUUUGCUUGUUUAAUUCACAUAUGCUGUAGUGUAUGCCAAAAGGAUGUAGAGCAAACCACCGGCCACUAUGUUCAGCACCUUAUUCACAUUUGCAGCAGAGUUUGAAUAAACGAAACUUGCAGAAUUCGACGA